AUGCAGCCUACAUCACUGGAUCCAAUGCCUUUGUCCAGUGACAAUGGUCCCCUUAAAUCUGCUUUUGGAGAGAUUGUACAUCGUGGCUGGCUUAACCUCAAGACUCGCAGUAUGGUGAACGUACGACCGAGACACAUGCGCUACUGUAUCUUGACACGUGAUACGCUGCUGUUUAGUACGUUCAAGUUUCAGCCCAGUACAGGUGACUUACAAUCGGGACUGGUGAAGCCUUUACGCAGCUAUAAAGUCCUGGGUGUGGCGCCCUGGGAUGGUCGACGCUUUGCCUUCCUCAUGAGUGUAAAGCAAGUGGAUGACAAUGCAGACAAAGUGCUGGAAAUCGACUGCCCUACGGCCACAGCUGCUAGUAACUGGAUCCACAAUUUACGAGCAUUGACGAGUCGUGUAGACGAGGAAUGGCCUCCGACUCCGGCUUCGGUGCCAAUAGGGGGAAGUGAUCAAAUCUCUUCAUCUGACUCUCCGUCUGAGAAGGUUAAUUUGGCUGCAAAUAACAAGAAGGAGGCUAACUUGUGGGUCAAAGGAGCAUCGGUGCAUCGAGGGCUGCUCAAUACUUCUGGCGAAAAUAAUUGCUUCUUGAAUGUGGUGAUUCAAAGCUUUUGGCACUUGACGUCUAUGCGACACUUCUUGCUGCAUGUGGAAGUGAAGGAGGAGUCUCGUACAGUGGAGACAAAUGUACUGCGUGCACUGAAAUUAAUGAUGACGGAGUAUGAUGACACGUCCAGUGGCGUGCUGCACUCGCGUGCUAUUCGUAAAGGAUUGAGUGUGCUGUUUUCGGCAGACAAAAACUUUCAAGAAGGUGCUAUGUACGAUGCGGAGGAGACGCUUCUUGCACUACUCAACUUGAUGCAUCAGCAAACGGUAGCGACGGAGAUUGAGGAGACCCAUAAGACGACGAUGAUGGUAAGGUCGUUGGUCCGACUUGUGAGCGCCGAUGCAUACGAGGAAAAGCCGCAGGCAGUAUUUGAUGACAACAGCAUUCCGCACCUGGUCUUUUCACACCAAAUUUAUGAUCGAUAUUCGUGUGGGAGUUGCAAUCAUAGCUCGCCAUGGGACCUGUACUCUAAUCUCGUGUACUCGACGUACGCGAGUGACUUGUAUGCUUGUAAGUACGAAUCGAUGGAGCAUAUGUUGCGUCGACUCACAGCACAGGAGGCGGACGUUGCGUCCAAGUGCGAACAAAAAGGAUGCAGUGGCAAGCUAAGUAAGGAGCGGGUUAUUCAUCGUUUUCCCAUGGUGUUUACAAUGUCAAUUCUUUGGGCAACUCAGAACGCAUCGAAGGAACAAGUGCAAGGAGUGCUAAGAAACAUUGAAGACCGCAUGGAUUUGGCCAAGUGCUUUGAUGCUGCUGGACCGGUCAUCCGCUUUAAAAACGGUGGAGUGCGUACAACAUACCGCUUGCGCGGUUUUGUUUGUUACUAUGGACGACAUUACGUGGCUCUAUUUUACAGCACCGCGCACGAAAUGUGGUUACUUUUUGACGACUCGCGGGUUCUUGAGAUAGGUACUUGGAGCAAUGUUGUCUUGGAGUGUCUAAAGGGACGGUUCCAACCAGUUUUGCUGUUUUACGAACUUCCUGACCAACGCAAGGACUCGUCCGUUGGUAUCUUUCUAAAUGAUGGAUCAAAUAACGUGGAAAGACAGAAGAGUUUAUCAAUCGGGUCUCAGCCUGGCGAACCGUCUAUCAAGGAAGAAUCGUCAGAAAAUGAGCGUCACAAAGACAAUGUAGAGCUUCACAGUGUAGAUGAAGAAUCAACCCUUUCCAGUGGGCGAGGCGGUGCGCAAGCAGUAACGGAGCUGGAAGCAAAUCCAGACUUUGAACUGGAAGAGCUAAGCCUUUGUGACUCCAUUAUGCAGAAUAUUACGCCGGUGUCGGCGGCCAUCGCCAUGUGCCCUCGUACAAUCUCUAUGAAUGCACCUCUGGGUGAGGACGAAUACGACGUGCGCUUUGGUGAUUCGUGCUUACUUGGUAUGUACUUGGAGAAGGUCGACAACGAGCUAUGUGUGACCAGCUUUCCGCGUGGAGCAAAGGGUGGUAUGUUUGGUGCUGAAAAGUGCCGCCAGAUCGGUAUAUUUGACACCAUUUUGCAGGCCAACGGCCACCCGCUUCAACACUAUCAGGUGGAUCGCGCUUUAAAGAUGAUCAAAGCUCAGACACGUCCGCUAGUAAUCCGAUUCCGCAAGUCCAAGCGUGUGCAGCCGCUACUUGACAUGGGGUUUUCCCGUGAGCUUGCCGUAUAUGCGUUGCAAAAGAAAAAUGGUGAUGUACAAGCCGCUGCUAAUUAUUGCUUUGAAAUAACGUGCUAG